CUUUUAUUUUGAAAGGGCGACGAUGACACGGAAUCGCAUGGCGGCGUAUACGCGGAGUAUGUUGACAUAAUGCUGCAACCCGAAUUAAUUGAACUGUUGGGGUCUGUAACACCAACAAUUCUUGCAGAUAAGAUACCGGUGAUUGAAUAUAGAAAAUACGCGUGUCUUGAUUUACAACAAGAAGAAAGAAGGGAUGAAACUGCUGUUUCACCUUUUGGAUUCAGACCUCAACGAGUUCGAAUUGCUGUAGAAGAUGAUUUUUUUGAGGAUGGCGACAUACACAGGCACAUGUACCUACGAGAUGUCGUGACGGCAAUUGAAUAUGAUGAACAACCUCCAACUGUCUCUGAGUUUAGAUGUCACAUAGCUGGAUGCAAACAGUUAUUUGACACAUUGGAAGGGUAUGAACACCACUACAAUUCAUUGCAUCGAAAUGUAUGUUCCAACUGCAAGCGCUCGUUUCCAUCAAACCGACUGCUGGAGAUACACAUCUUGGAGUGGCAUGACUCUCUCUUCCAGGUCAUGGCGGAGAAACAAUGCAUGUAUGAGUGCUUGGUUGAUGGAUGUGGAUUGAAAUUCAAAACAACCAAAGAAAGGAAAGAUCAUCUUAUCACAACACAUAGCUAUCCAGCAGACUUCAGAUUUGACAAAUCAAAGAAGAGCGGAAGAAUACGAGAAAAAAAGACUCGGCAACAGAAGGAUGCACAUAUGGAGGUUUCUGAAACAGCAACAAUACAAGAGAGCUUUGAGUCCAUGGACUUCUCUCUGACCCCAGAUCCAGAAAGCCUUAAGACUGCAGAAAGCAGACCAAUGCAUGCAGCUAAUCUAAAGCCACAAUAUUCAUACAAAGUUCCAUCAUCCAUUUGCUUCGGUCAAGGCUCAGUCAGAGGCUUCAGAGGAAGAAGGAAGAAGUAGGCCAAAGCUUUUAUUCAAUGCAAACAAUUGUCGAGAGCAGCAUUUUUGUAAUAAAACUUGUCAAAGCAAUCUUUAAAAA